AGAACGCUUCUAGUUGAUAAGAUAGUCACCUAUCUUGGCAAAACGGUGUUUUGGUUCCGCGGUUCCUUUUUCAAAAAAUAUUUUCGUGCACGAAAAUGUUCUAAUCAGUUGUUGGCGAAUUAUAGCAAAUAGUGAAAGGUAAUCUGGCAUAUAAAAGUGAAGUGAACUACACAGACUGAUUUUAACUGAAAAAAUGCCACAUUGUGACUACGAAGUAAGGAUAAUCCAGAAAGAAGACAGAGACGAUGUCAUACAGUUCAUGCGGGACUAUUUUAUGGAAGACGAACCAAUAAACAGAUCGAUAAAUCUCAUAACUAAAGAAAAACCUGUCAACGUACCUUUAGAAGAGUAUCUAGUCCAAGACUAUGACAAUGGCAUAUCUACAAAGGCCGUUCGGAAUGGAAAAAUGAUAGGCGUGUGUAUAAAUCCAAUUUUGGAACGGAAUAAAGAGCACGAAAAGGUUGAGAGUGACAAUAAGGACUUUUUAACUAUAUACAAUUUUUUGGUGUACAUGGAUGAACACUCUAAUGCGUUUAAGCAGUUUCCAGGUGUUAACAAAGCUAUCACAGUGAGUCUCGUGGCCGUUGAUUCAAGUUGUAGGGGGAUGGGCAUUGCCAAAGAUCUGAUCGGUAGAGCGCAAGCUGCUGGUAAAGAACGAGGCUGUGGUUUCAUGGUAGUGGAAUGCUCCAGCCGAUUCACAGCUUUGGCCGUUAAGAGAAUGGGAUUCGAAUGUAUAUAUACACUGCCCUACAAAGACUACAAAGUUGAUGGAAAAAUUGUAUUUAAUACGGAGCCCCCGCAUACGGAAGCCACUGUGUAUGUGAAGAAACUUUAACACACAUCUAAGAGACCAAUUUUAGAUAAAAAACUGUCUUCCAAAUUAUUACAUUAUUUACCUUACACAGUUUUACACUAUGUCUUAGUUACACUACCAGAAAUUGAAAAUGUAACACGCUUCAAACAAGAAAAUAUUUUUAUAUAUUUGGUGCAAAUAAAAGGUUGUACAAGUACAUCAAAUAAUCAAAGUUCCAAAACAG